GCAACAAGUUCUGUGUUAUAGCAGCUAUUGCUCCAGUCAGGAGGCAAACUUGUUAAUUCAGCAACUCUCUGGGCUUCAGUCAUUAAAAAAAAACAUCAAACCAUCCAGUUUAGAAGAAAACAUACUAACAGCAAAACAGGAUGCCUCGCUUUGCCAGUAUCCUAGGUUUGUCUCUAGUCUUGUGUGUCGCCGUUUCCCAAUGUUUUGGGUUAGUCCUCUCGCAGGCAAAAGAAAAAAGGGGCUGGACAUUAAACAGUGCAGGGUACCUACUAGGACCACAUGCUGUGGAGAAUCGCCCAAUCUUAAACAAAAAGAAGGCCCCUGCUGGCAAACGUGAACUGCAGUUUGAAGAUGAAAUUAAACAUGGUAACUUGCUACGAACUCUUGAUGACGAAAGUGUUGCUCAAAUAGCCAUUGAAUUUCUUAUAUACUUGCACCUAAAAGAGAUUGGUGCACUUGACAACCUGCCACCACUGUUAUCAUCCGAAGUUUCCCAGCCAUGAUCUCUGACAGCAACUUUUCUGGAAUGUAUAAACCACAGAAUUAGUGACUGCAAUCUCUACGCUGAACAAAUCGAAGAUUACUGAAGACAUAAGUUCAAUUGUAAUUAGGUUUCUGAAUAUUUUGAUCACCUUUUAGUACCUUGACUUAGUAUUGAGAUCUUUGUGAAAUUCUUUGCAUUCCCACAUGGAAGAAAACGUGUAAACAAAUAAAAUUAGCAGCUGCAA